GUCAGCUAGUAAAUUGUGCGGUUCUUUCUUAACAUAGGAGUAAAGCUGUCAAAUCGAGGGAGUCCAUUCUUUAUAAUAUGAAGAAUAUAAUGCUUUCUAGUGUUAGGCAACGAUAGAAUAUGAAAAUCUGUAGCAGACGCAACCGCUGGCAGUUGCUUUCCACCAUGAUACGUGGUGUGCAUUAUGUCGUUGACUCAUGGAAUAUCCCUAGGAUGGUUCUCGCCCACUCUGCCCACUCUCAUCUCCGACAACAGUCCAAUUGGCCAUCCAAUUGACAUCAGCGAGGUGAAGUGGAUCGGUGCUUCUUUCGGAAUUGGGUGUCUUAUUUGUAAUAUGGUAAUUUGCGUUCCAGUCUCGUAUUUCGGAAUUAAGAAGUGCAUGUACUUUGUGCCCCUACCAAAUAUCCUUAAUUGGGUCUUGAUCUACUUCGCAAGCAAAUCACUGUAUUUUUAUGUGUGUCGCGUCCUUUUGGGAAUUUCUGGUGGCACUUUGGUAGUUUGCUUUCCUGUAUUUAUCGCGGAAGUAUCUGAUAAUAGCGUUCGUGGAACUCUGGGCUCUUUUUUUAUGAUGACACUCUGUAGUGGCAUAACAGUGGGAUUUGUGUUAGUAUAUUGCCUAUCCUACCAUGUGCUUCCGUGCGUCGUCAUUUUCCUGCCCAUUCUAUAUUUGUGCCUCAUCAUUCCCCUUCCUGAGCCACCACAGGACCUACUGAAACGGGGUCAUGAAGAAAAGGCCGAAAAGUCCUUUUGCUUUUACAAGAACUUAUCGAAGGACCCAGCGCAACAGGACGAUAAUAAAGCUGAAUUUGACAAAUUGCGGAAUAAAGUUCUCGCCAGCGGCAUAGCUGAAAAGAUUACUCCUGCUGAUUUCUUUAACAAGGUCUCGGGAAAAGCAUUUGGACUGAUCGCCGUUUUACUGCUCUCCAAUCAGAUGUCGGGAUCCUUUGCCAUCUUCAACUAUUCGUCGACCAUCUUCGAACAGCUCGGUAGCAGGAUGGAGCCCAAUCUAUGUGGCAUAUUUCUGGGUGUUGUGCAAAUUUUUGGUUUGAUUAGCGCCGUUUUGCUGGUGGACCGCGUGGGUCGUCGCCUCCUUUUGAUCCCAUCGCUGGCCGGAAUGGGUUUGGCUGAGCUGGGAGUGGGUCUGCUAAAGUCCUUUGCUUCGCAGGACUUUUUACACAACAAUGGUUGGAUUGCACUUACCCUAAUGGGCAUUGUGUCCUUCACGGCGUCAGCGGGCAUAGUGGCUCUUACCUUUGUCAUUAUAGUUGAGCUUCUGCCCUUUAAGAUUCGCGCCCCUGGCAUCUCCAUCAGUAUGUGCGGACUCAGUUUAUCCGUAUUCAUUGCCCUCAUCACUUAUCCCGUCCUGAUCAACGAUUAUGGAGUGCAUGUCACAAUGUUUGUGUCGGCGAGUUUCUGUCUACUAGGUUUGGUAGUUCUGGGAAUAUUUUUGCCUGAGACCAGGGGCAAGAGCAUUACCCAAUGAUGGGCUAAUUUCUGAUAAGUGUUAAGUAGAACCAGUACUUAUAAAAAUUC